GCCGGACCGACGCCGCCCCACACUCACCGACGCCACCCCACAGCGUCCGCCCCCGCCGAUCUCGCAGAGGACGCCCGGCACGAUGAAGCCAUCUCUUAGCAUUCUCAUCUCCACCGUGCUGCUGCUUGUGCUGUCAGGCACUGUCUCAUCUUACAAUGAUGACAGGCCAAUCUACAAGUGGAGUCCACUGUGGUUCAACAGGUACUUCCGAACAGCCAGCAUGAUUAAAAGGGCUGACAUAGAAGAGCCACAGAUCGCAACUGAAUGUGUGACAACCGGAAGACGUUGCAGUUACUGGGGAAUGAGGCUACCCUGCUGUGGAACAGGAGCAUGUUUAAUGGGACACUGUGUUCCAUUACAGGACCAGUACCUUUUCCGACCAGAAGAUGAAUAAACCAUAAAAUCAGCAGAGGAUCAACACUUCACUGCAUCUUCUAAUUACUUGUCUUCAUUAUCUGAUAAGAAUAAGUAAUUCACUAUCAGUAUGAAACUUUCAUGCGCUGCCUAUAAUUCAUUCUAUAUGUCCAGAAUGAACUUGGAAAGUACGAAAGAGGUACUGACAGAUUAAAGCUUUUAGUUUGGAUGACUCAGUUGUUAGUGCUUAAAGGAGAGCAGCUCAGUUCCAUUUCCUGUUCAGAACAAAAUUUUAGUAAGUAAGCAAGUUUUGAUUCUAAGUGUAUUUGUGAUAUUAUUGCAUGAAUGUUAUGGGUGAAAAAAUAUAUGUCUCAUGUGUGGCACUGUCAGUAUGUA